ACAACGAGACUCUUCAAGUUAAAAAUCUUGCUUCUACUUCAGGUUACUCAUGGAGUUAGUCGGGAGUGAAGAGAGGCGAAGAGAAAAGGUUUUUUACUUGCAGUUACCAAAGAACGAAUUGACGGAUCGCCGUGUUCGAACCGUUUAUCAAAGGAGAACAUUCGUAAAAUGUCGUAUUUGUCGCUUACGAAGUACUCGUCCUAUAAAUUUUCAUUCCACACCGAAAAUUUUCUUCUUUGACUCAUCUUAAACUUUACCUACGUUGUUAACCCGUUCCGAAAAUAUAAAUCUAUUUUCGUCCGUAACCAAAUUACGAGACGUCGUUUCAUAGUGGGACGCUAUAAUAGUAAAAUUCUUUAGUAGUAAGAUGAUUUUUCGAAUGAAAUUCGUUUAUUUUGGUGUGUUGAUGCGAAAGGUAUCGGCGUUUUGUCGAAUGGGGCGCGAAUUCGGGCACCGGGAGCCCCUUUUCCGGCCAUAUGUUGCCGCCGUCGGCCCGAUUAAGAUCAAAAGAAACGCGAACGAAGGCAUCUUGAACCUGUAGCACAAGAGAGCCGGGCGCAGGGUCAGGAAAAGACGAGAAGAGAACCGCUAUCUGUCUACCGCGCCGCUGCUGCUGCUGCUUCGGCCCGGACCCAACAAACCGGACAACUCCCGAAGAGUUCUUCUUCUUUAGCCGAAGCGACACACGUUUCGUUCUAUCGCUAAUUUAUGACCAUUUCGUUAUGGAUGACAAUAUGUCCGGAGGUGAUUCAACCGGGGAUAGCAGCGAUGGUGAAGUAACGGAAGAUUUGAAAGAAAAUUCCCCCUCAAUUAUAAUCCCGGCUAAUUUCCCCACAUCAAAAUCAUCCCAACAUCAAUUAUCCCCAUCAACAACAACAACAACCCAAGGUACUACAUCUUCUUCAACAAUACCAAUUUCAUCCUCAACAAAUUCCACAAAUUCAUCAAAACCCUCAACGACAACUUCACAACCCAUCGCCUCUUCCGGUGUUGUUUAUCAAACACCUCACGGUUUAAUGUACGCAGCGCCAUCAAACGGAAAUGUUAUCUUUGGUUUGGCAAGGACCAACGAUCAAAAUCUUCCUCACGGGUCGCAACUAUUGAUACCGUUAUCCGUUAUGGCGACGAACGGUCAGGGUGAACUCGACCUCUCUAAAAGGAAGUGACGAAAAGUUUAAUUUAAUAUUCCUUCCGGUUAAACAAAAAUGAACCGUUAUAUUAUAAACGGUUUAGAAGUUAAUAUUGGUGGUUUUGUUUUAAUAAAAAGAAAUCAAGUACUUAUUAUUUGAUGAUUUGAUGAAGAAAUAAAAACUGUUAAUUAAAAAGGAAAUGACGUCGAUCACGCGCAAUUCGCAUCCUACUUGUUGUUCCUUCUUCCUGUUCGGGAACGUGUCUUCCUCGUCCUAUAUAACCAAAAGUUGAGAGGGAAAACGGAGCCCCGUUAGGGCAUUGCUUUGCAACGUCACGUCAUGCGGAAGGUUCUUCCUAUUUGACAUUCAACGGACACGGUAGAGUUCUUCGUUCUUCCUUAUUUACACCAGAUGCGCUUCUUCGAAUCGAAUCGUCCUAUUUUACAACUUUUUUCGCUUCGAAAAUGUUCACAUUUUAGUACUUGAUUUCGAAAAAAACCACCAUAAAAAAAUGUACUUACUUAUAAAUGUAAAAACAGACUGAAUCGUUUUUGUUUUAUAAUCAACAUUUUUCGUUUUAUCAUUUUCUUUCUAGUCAUAUUUU